CACGGGACACGCCGCCAUUUUGGAUUGGCUCAUGCUGCACACAUAUAGCUACUAAAAGAACAAGAGUAAUUUUCCAUACGUCUUUUUGGUUGCAGGCACUACCAAAUAUCAUGCAAAAAUUUCUCUCAUUUGCGCUCCUUGUGGGGCUGGCAUUGGCGAGUGAUGUCCUUGAGUUAACAGACGACGAUUUUGAAGACACUGUCGCCGAACAAGAUAUAAUAUUGGUUGAAUUCUUUGCACCAUGGUGCGGUCACUGCAAAAAGUUGGCCCCAGAAUAUGAAAAAGCAGCAACUGACCUCAAAUAUAGUGAUCCAUCAGUACCACUGGCAAAAGUUGACUGCACAGCAGAAAAAGAUACUUGUAGUAGGUAUGGCGUCAGCGGCUAUCCUACUCUAAAAGUAUUCCGUGAUGGUGAAGCGUCUGAUUAUAACGGACCAAGGUCAGCAGAUGGUAUUAUCGACUAUAUGAAAAAGCAAGCUGGUCCAACAUCCAGAGAAGCUAAAACAGUAGAGGAUAUUGAUAAACUUCUCAGCGGCAAGGAUCUUCUUGUUGUUGGUUGUUUUACCGAUGAUAGUGAUGCCAAAAAAGAGUUUUUAAAAUUUGCUGGUUCGGAAAGAGACAAUUAUAAAUUUGUUCACACAGGGGAGCAGGCUGUCCUUGAUAGACUAGGAACUGAAAAUGGUGACAUUGUAAUCUUCAGACCAACCCAUUUACAAAGUAAAUUUGAAGACUCAAAAAUUAAAUUUGAUGGCACAGUUAAAAGUGGAAACUUAAAAAAGUUUGUUAAAGAAAACAGCCUUGGCCUUUGUGGUCACAUGACACCAGACAACCAUUCACAAUUCAAAAAGCCUCUUUGUGUAGUUUACUAUGACGUGGAUUACCGAAAGAACACUAAAGGCACAAAUUACUGGCGUAACAGGAUUAUGAAGGUAGCAAAAAAACUUUCCGACAAGAAAAUCUUUUUUGCCGUUGCCAACCGUGAAGAAUUUUCGCACGAAGUUGAAGCUAACGGACUUACAGACAAAUCUGUGGAUCUUCCAGUUGUAGCCAUAGUGACAGACGAAGGUCAUAAAUAUCCUAUGCAAGCAGACUUCACUCGUGAUGGUAAAGCUUUAGAAGAGUUUGUUAAUGAUUACCUGGAUGGUAAGAUUGAGCCUUACCUCAAGAGUGAACCAAUCCCAGAAUCUGAUGAUGGACCAGUUAAGGUUAUUGUUGCCAAAAAUUUCCAGGACAUAGUGAUGAGUGAGGAGAAAGAUGUUUUAAUUGAGUUUUAUGCACCGUGGUGUGGCCAUUGUAAGAGCCUCGCACCAAAAUAUGAUGAACUUGCAGAAAAGUUGUCAGCAGAUGAUAAUAUUGUGAUAGCUAAAAUGGAUGCCACAGCUAAUGAUGUACCCCCACCUUUUGAAGUUAGAGGAUUCCCUACUUUGUAUUGGGUGCCAAUGAACAACAAACCUAAAAAAUAUGAGGGCGGCAGAGAAGUGGAUGAUUUUAUGAAAUACAUCAAGAGGGAAGCUACAAAGGGUUUGAAUAUCCCAAAGAAAGCUAAGAAAGAUAAAGAAGAGCUCUAAUUUAAAUUAAAAAAAAAGACCUUUCCUUCUUUUUUAUAUCUACAAAGUUUAGACAAAAACUUCAUUCCACGCUUUAAUAAGUGCAUCCUUCUUACUUGCCCAGUUUCUUGGAUUUUGGUCAGUUUUAUAAUAUUUCUUUUUCUCAUUGGUAUUUUAUGGUGAAAUACUUAAAUUUAUGGUGGGGUUGGAACCCAUUUACGAACAGAUUUGUACUUUAUAGAUGGUCUCAAAUUUAGUAGAAAUUCAAAAAAUUUCAUUUUUUUUCUUUGAUAUGGGAUUCCUAAUUUCCUCAUAGACAAAGCUUGUAUGUUGUAAAAUUGAAAAA